AUGACUGAACUUCCAGAAAGCAAGGUCGACGUCCUCAUCAUUGGGGCUGGCCCUGCUGGGCUUAUGCUGGCUCUCUGGUUAUCCAGACUCGGUGUGAAGACCCGUAUUGUUGACAAGAGGACCGCCAAGGUCUACUCUGGCCAAGCAGAUGGUUUCCAAGUGAGAUCCCUCGAGAUCCUAGACAGCUUCGGCGUCGCAGAGCGCGUGUGGAAAGAAGCAAACCGCAUGCUCGAGGUCAGCUUCUGGAACCCAGACGAGAACGGCACAAUCCAGCGCAGCGCAAAAUCAGUAAACACAAUCCCAGGCCUGUCCCGCUUCACCGAAUCCGUCCUACACCAGGGGCGCAUCGAGCAAUUCUUCAUCGACGGCAUCCGCGCCUCGUACCCGUCCAACGAGACGCCACUACAGGUCGAGCGCAUGGUCAUCCCGACCUCGCUCGAGAUCGACGAGGCCGCGGCCGAGGACUCGGAUCCGGAGGCGCAUCCUGUGACGGUGACGCUGCGGCACUUGACGGAGGAGGAGGCGACGCCCACGCAGAUGCUGAGUAAUCUUAGCGAUGGCAUUUUCCGGAGUAACUUGGCUGAGGACGAUGUCGCGGGGAUCUUGGAUAGGUCCAAGGGCCGUGAGGCGAGGGAUGAGGUUGUGAGGGCCAAGUAUGUUGUUGGCUGUGAUGGGGCGCAUUCGUGGACUAGGAAGGCGCUAGGCAAGGAGUUUGAGAUGAAGGGAGAGAGUACUGAUGCCAUUUGGGGUGUGAUGGACAUCGUCCCCAUUACAGACUUCCCCGACAUCAGAUUCCGGACCAUGAUCCAGAACACCGCCGGCGCACUGAUGAUCAUCCCUCGCGAAAACAGGAUGGUUCGUCUCUACAUCCAACUCAAGGAGGUCUCAGCGGGUGGCGGCCGCGUCGACAGGUCGCAGAUCACGCCAGAGAUCAUAUUCAAGUCUGCACAAAGAAUCUUCAGCCCCUAUAAGCUGGAGUGGACGGCAUACCAAAUCGGUCAGCGAACAGGCGACCACUUUAGCAAACUCAACCGCGUCUUCCUCGCGGGAGACGCCGUGCACACGCACUCCCCGAAAGCCGGCCAGGGCAUGAACAUAUCGAUGCAGGACAGCUACAACCUCGGCUGGAAGAUCGGCCUCGCGUGCAAGAACAUCCUACCGCGCGAUGUCCUCUCGACGUACGAGCUCGAGCGCAAAAAGAUUGCAAAGGACCUCAUCGCCUUUGACGGCAAGUUCUCCAAGCUCUUUACGGGCGCACCGCCAAAGGACAUCCAGAGCGAGACGGGCGUGUCGGACGACGUGUUCCAGAAGGCGUUCCAUACGAGUCGGAUGUUCACAACCGGCGUCGGCGUAAACUACCAACCAACAGUCCUCGUCGCCAAAGAAGCAGACGCAGACCCAGAAACCGAAGACGACUUACCCAACACCCUCACAAAGAGCACCGCGAAAAGCACCCAAUCCCUCGCCACGAACUGCAAACUCGGCCAGCGCUUCCCCUCCUACAAGGUAAUCCGCCAGUCCGACGCCCGCCUCUGGGAACUGCACCACAAGCUCCCCUCCAACGGGCGCUUCCGCCUCGUAGUCUUUGGCGGCGACAUCUCCCAACCUUCCCAGCGCGACACCGUCAACGCCCUCGGCGCGUGGUUGUCGAGCUACCUGCCCAAGCUGCCGACCAUCGCGUUAGGUCCCGCGUCGGAUCCGCAUAGCGGGCUGAUCAAGUUCAAGACGGACGCGGAUCCGAGUAUUGUUGACGUCGUGCUCGUGCACUCUGCGCCGAGGGACGAGAUCGAUUUACUGAGGGAUGUGCAUGAGGCGUAUCAUCCGUUUGAUAGUAAGCUUGGAUGGGAUUAUGACAAGGUGUUUAGCGAUGGUAAGACGUUUUAUGAGGAGCCCGAGAGGGCGUAUGAGAAAUAUGGGAUUGAUUCGGGCAAGGGUGCUGUUGUUGGGUUGCGACCUGAUGGGUAUGUUGGGCUUGUUACUCCGGUUGGUCAUGACGGGGCGGAGCAGAUUCAGAAGUGGUUUGAUGGCAUCUUUCAAAGAUCAUGA